AUUUCCAACUUCACCUUCAAUCUUCAUAAAUUGUACCUCAAUGAUAACUUGCUUCGAGGUCCAAUUCCAGAUAGUUUUGGAAACAUAAUGAGCUCUCUUAAAGUUCUUAGUCUCGACAGUAAUAGACUCCAAGGUGAAAUCCCACCAUCAUUGGCGAAUAUAUGCACAUUGGAGGAGCUAGAACUUUCCUUCAAUGACUUGAGUGGGGAGCUUUUGAGUUUUGUUUCUAAUGCUUCAUGGUGCAAUGGACACUCAUUGAAACAGUUGUCAUUAUCAAGCAAUCAAUUGACAGGCAUAUUACCUAAUCUUUCAGUUUUCCUCUCAUUGCAAUAUAUGGAUUUGUCUGAUAACAACCUGAAGGGGAAAAUACUUGAAUCUCAUUUCAAAAAUCUCUCCAAUUUGAUGUAUUUGUCAUUGUCUGACAAUUCAUUGACCCUGGAAAUUAACAAUAGUUGGGUUCCUCCAUUUCAAUUGCAAAGUUUGGGAAUGGCUUCUUGUGAAGUAGGUCCUGAUUUUCCAAAUUGGAUUCGAAAUCAAUAUCAAUUAAUGACUUUGGAUAUUUCUAAUGGUGGUCUUUUGGGUUUUAUACCAGAGUGGUUUUGGCCACUAAUGAAAUAUGUAUAUCACCUGAACAUCUCAUAUAAUAAUUUUUUUGGUGAAAUUCCAAAUCUACCACUCAAGUUUUAUAAUAGGCCAAUGAUAAUUUUGACUUCAAACAAUUUUGAAGGCUCAAUUCCAUCAUUUUUUAUACAAGCAACAAGACUUGAGCUUUCCAAAAAUAAAUUCUCAAAUCUGGUUCCACUUCUAUGUGGCCAAACUGAUGGCAAAAGCUUUAGUAUUUUCGAUGCAUCUGACAAUCAAUUAAAGGGUCAUCUACCAAAUUGUUGGAGCCACUUAAACUCAUUAAAGUUUGUUGAUUUGAGCAAUAAUAAUCUAUCAGGAGAGAUCCCACACUCUAUAGGUGACCUUGUGAAUAUGGAAGCUUUGAUUCUAAAAAAUAAUCGCUUAAUUGGAGAACUUCCUUCCUCUUUGAUGAGCUGCACCAACUUAUUAUUGUUAGACAUGUCAGAGAAUAAACUAUUGGGGCUUAUACCUUCAUGGAUUGGGAAAAGCCUUGGAGAAUUGCAAAUUCUAAGCUUACGGAAGAAUAAUUUUUAUGGUAGCUUGCCGUUGAAUCUUUGUCACUUAACACAGAUUGGACUCUUGGAUUUAUCUUGCAAUAACUUGUCCAAUAAAAUUCCAUCUUGUCUUCAUAAUUUUACUGUUAUGGCACAACAGCACAUCAAUUCAACAAAAUCAAGUUACCAUAUGUAUAGGAUCAAUACCACACGAUUCGGAUUUUCUGUUGAUAAAUUUGAAUUCUACAUAACAUUGAUGUGGAAGGGUGAAGAUAUGUCAUUCAAGAAGCCGGAUGUCCUUCUCAAGAGCAUUGAUCUAUCUAGCAAUGCUUUCACAGGUGAAAUACCGAAAGAAGUUGUGUAUUUAUUAGGAUUAGUUUCUUUGAAUUUAUCAAGAAACAAAUUGAAAGGGAAAAUCCCAAUUGAGAUUGGGAAUCUAGAAUAUCUAGAAUUCCUAGAUUUGUCAAGAAAUAAAUUGUCAGGCACAAUUCCUCUAAGUCUUGCUCAUAUUGAUCGCCUCAGUGUAUUAGACUUGUCAAAUAAUAAUCUCUUUGGAAAAAUCCCCACUGGAACACAAUUGCAAGGCUUUAAUGCAUCAUGUUACGAACGAAAUCUUGAUCUUUGUGGAAUGCCACUUAACAAAAAGUGCUUAGAAGAUUCAAUGCCUUCGCCUCAAAUAUUUGAUCAUCCUGAAGAUGAUGGUGACUCACUUUUCUCUCAACAAUUUUACCUAAGCUUGGGAAUUGGAUUUGCCAUUGGAUUUUGGGCCUUUAUGGGACCAUUGCUCUUCAAUCGUUCUUGGAGACAAACCUACUACAGGUUUGUGAACGAUGUAACAAAUAGAAUCCACGUCAUGAUCAUCAUCUAUGUGACAAGAUACCACGCUAGGAAUUAA